GAUGAAAACUAUCACUUUCUUUUCUUCCACUCCUACAGCGCACAGUAACAGAAAGAGCGUCACUGCCAGUUUUCCACCGGCUGCCCUCUUUUCGCAACAUUUUUUCCCAGCAACCCUAUACGGACUACAGACCCAACCGACCCAACAGCCGCCAUUGCCGCCACCGCCGCAUCUCUCCUUCUCUACGCCUCGUGCCGACUAUCACCAGCAUCACCAGCAGCCGCUUCUGACGCUCGAUGCUCCGCUCAAUUUAACCAAGUGUAAAUCGGAUGACGACGCCAAUGCUGUAACUUCAACUGAAGUACUGCCACCUAGUGUCACUUCCCGACCUCCUCCUCUAGAUACGAUCGUUGGUCUUCACCCUCCGCCCGCUCACUCGAACGUGAGAGGUCAAACGGCGGCAUCAGCGGCGGCGGAUAUCGCAAAUUUAAUGAAGAGAGCUUAUCCUUCACUGUCUCCCAAGUCUUCUUCCCCACGCGCUAGUCCUCCAGAACAACUACAACAACAGGCCAUCAUAGCGCCCCCAUUAUCUUCAGCUGCCAUAUACCCGGCACUAAACUCGAUUUAUUCUACGGCCCAUUCACCCUACUUGGCUACUAUGAUUCCCCCUCCUCCUCUUAGCGCCUUAUCGCCUUCUGUCGAUUCGGCAUCGGCGCUUUCGAAUGGUCAUAAUGAAUCCGCAGCAAAGUUAACCUCAGCUAAAAUCAUACGACCACCAAAAGAGAGGAAUAAUGCGUCGAACGGCUCUUCCUCUGGAAAUACUGCCGAUCCCGCUUCGAGUAAGCCGCACGUGAAGAGACCUAUGAAUGCGUUCAUGGUUUGGGCUCGUGAAGAGAGGAGGAAAAUUCUAAAAGCUUGUCCGGACAUGCACAAUUCCAAUAUUUCCAAAAUAUUAGGGGCCAAAUGGAAAGCAAUGACAAACGCCGAGAAGCAGCCAUAUUAUGAGGAACAAUCUCGUCUAAGUAAACUCCAUAUGGAAAAGCACCCAGAUUAUCGUUACAGACCUCGUCCCAAAAGAACCUGUAUGGUGGAUGGGAAAAAAUUGAGAAUCUCGGAAUAUAAAGCUCUUAUGAAAUCUCGACGACAGGAAGUCCGUAGAAUGUGGUACGCUGAUAAUGCUCCACCAACAGCCUCCUUACUCAAUGUAGGAGGUGUUGAGCCCCCUCAAUCCACCAUAAUGAUGCAACCAACUGCAACAGUAGCCGGAACAGGAGAACAAGUCGAAACUUGCGGUAGUAUUGGCUCUGUAGUUUCAUCUGACGACGACGAUCUUGUUUCGCCCGAACCUUCUACAACUAGCGAUAGCGAUGCUCCCGCUGACAUGACGACGCCUGCGAUUGUUACGGCAAAUUCCUAA